UCUUCAAUGCCCCCGUCUCCCUCUCGCCUAUAAACCACGCCGCCCGCCACCGCCGCUCGCCAUCGCCACCGUCGUUCACACCACACCACCUGCUGCACACAGCUCGAUCGAGUUAGCCCACUAGCUACCAACCAAGCUGCCGGCGAGAGGUAUGGCGGCGUGGCGCGGUCUGGCGUUGGCAGCGGUGGUGGCGUGGUGCGUGGCGGCGGCGGCGGCGGCGCCAGACGCGGCGCUGCAGAGCAAAUGCCAGCAGGACUUCACGAAGCUGACGGACUGCAUGGACUACGCGACGGGGCACGAGGAGGCGCCGUCGUCGACGUGCUGCGGCGACAUGUCGGCGACGCAGCAGGCGCGGCCCGAGUGCCUGUGCUACAUCAUCCAGCAGGUGCACGGCGGCCGGAACGAGGUCCAGUCGCUCGGCCUCCGCUUCGACCGCCUCCUCGCCAUGCCCACCGCCUGCAAGCUCCCCAACGCCAACGUCUCCCUCUGCAUCAACCUGCUGCACCUGACCCCAAGCUCACCGGACUACGCUGUCUUCGCCAACGCCUCCAAGGCAGCGGCUACGACGCCGUCAAGCACCACCCCGGGGGCGGCGGCGGCCACCGCCGGCGGCUUCAAGGUUCAGGCGGGGCUCAGCUACGGCGUCGUCGCGGCGGCGAUGGUUUCUGCCGUCUUCUCAUCCAUCUUCUGAUCCGUGAAACAAGCUAGUCACCCACCCAUUUUUCUUUGGGAAAAAAUCUUUUCUGUCUCUUGAUCUCUACGUCGUUCAGCUUUUACUCUGCAAGAAACGAAUGCACACUGGAUGGAUGGAUGGAUGGUUGGUUUGUGAUGUGCUACACGAAGAUUCGUUCUGAUGUUGUACUCUUUUGUACCCUGAUAAAUAGAUUUGAGACUUGAUUUUUGUUCUUCUGUGGCUUGAUGCUAGCUAGCUACAUUCUGAAUACUGAUACACGCAUAUGCUAGUACUAAAUCUGAAUAAUCAAUAAUGUACCUCAUUUUUUCUUCUGAAUAUUGAUACCCUUAAGUCA